AUCAAACUCUAUAGAACGACUAUUCUCUCUGUUUUAGAGUACGGCUCUUUCUGCUUCCUCUCAGCAGCUGAUUGCCACCUAAUUAAAUUGGAACGUAUUCAAUAUCGUUGUUUGCGUAUUGCUCUCGGCUGUAUGCAUUCAACGCAUAACAUGAGCCUGGAGGUGCUUGCUGGAGUCACUCCUUUAAAGCACCGUUACUGGGAACUCUCACUUAGAAUACUGAUCAAAUGUGGGACAAGUAACACACUUGUCUUAGAAAAUUUCGAUAAUAUGCUUGAACUGAUUCGUCAGUCAAGAUUCCUGAGGGUCUACCUCAACUACAUAUCGUCAGAUCUUUGUCUUCCAUGUUAUAAUCCACCUCGAGUUAACUUCAUCAACGACAGUUCCUCCAUUGAAUACGAUCUGACCAUGAAACACGCUAUUCAAGGAAUACCAGAUCAUCUUCGACAAAUAUCUAUUCCCUCCAUUUUUUCUGAAAAAUAUGAACAUGUCAAUUGCAACAACAGAUAUUUCACUGAUGGUUCUCGCAUCAACGGAUCCACUGGCUUCGGUGUCUUCAAUGUAAAUUCAACAACCUUCCGAAAACUUCAGGAACCGUGUUCGGUUUAUGUUGCUGAGCUGGCAGCAAUUAACUUCGCUUUGGGGAUUAUUUCCGAUCAGCCCGUAGACCAUUAUUUCAUCUUCUCGGAUAGUCUUAGUUCUAUCGAGGCACUCCGGUCGAUGAAACCAGUUAAACACGCAUCUUACUUUCUUACAAAAAUAAGAGAGCAGAUGCGUAAUUUGGUCGAAAGAUCAUUCAAGAUUACCUUUGUAUGGGUCCCAUCCCAUUGCCUAAUCUAUGGCAAUGAGAAAGCGGACACGCUAGCAAAGGUGGGCGCACAGGAAGGUGAAGUUUAUGAUAGACAAAUCUCGAAUAACGAGUUUUUCCCAUUAGUCCGUCAGAGUACUCUUCAAAAUUGGCAAAUGAAUUGGUCACACAACGAACUUGGACGGUGGCUAUUUUCUAUAGUUCCUAAAGUUUCUGCGCGAGCGUGGUUCAGAGGUGAGGACUUGAGUCGAGGCUUCAUUCGCGUGAUGUCAAGGCUUAUGUCCAAUCACUAUUCACUAAACGCACAUCUCUACAGAAUAAACCUUGUCGAUAGCAACUUAUGUAGGUGCGGAGCCGGUUACGAUGACAUCGAUCACGUAGUUUGGUUCUGCUCGGAGAAUGACGCCUCCAGAGAGCAACUAUUGGAUACCCUUGUGGCCCGAGUUUUUUUUCUCUUGUUCGAUUCUGUUUUUCUGUUCCGUGUACCACGAAGCCCUGGCCAUCCGGAAGAUGCUCCCUGCUGAAUCAAAAUCGAGCACGACGCCAUGCAAAACCGUCUUCAACGCAAACGCCCGGAUGAGCAGCUGGAAUAACCUAAAUCCAAAUCCUUACCCCGUCCAUCCUAAAUUAAGUAAAAUAUAACCUUGAGUCACCACGAGUAUUAUGGUCUAUGUCCCUUCCCUACUAACUGUUAAUGAUAAGAUGAUACAAAUUAUAAAGAUAUCAUACUUAAGAAUUGCGGCUCCGCAAAGUGUCACACACGACUGAGCCUACCAAAUAAAUGAAAUGGUUAAAAA